ACCAAUCGUACAAAAAUGAAAUCUAUUGUAAUCGUUGCUCUUUUCGUCGCAGUGGCUUUUGCUGCUCCUCAAGCUCCGGCAGAGCCUAUUCCCAUCGUACGUCAGGACAGCGAGAUCAAUGGUGACGGAUCUUACCAGUACUCUUUUGAAACUGGCAACGGUAUCAGUGCUGAUGAAAAAGGAGAAGUGAAGAAAGUUGGCGACGUCGACACUUUGGCAGUUUCGGGACAAUUCCAGUACCCUAGUCAAGAUGGACAAAAUAUUCAGUUGACUUACAUUGCUGAUGAGAACGGUUUCCAACCUCAAGGCGCUCAUCUGCCUACCGCUCCUCCAGUACCAGAGGCUAUUCAGCGUUCCCUGGCCUACCUCGCCACCGCCCCACCCCAAACAGAAUAAUAAAUUAUCCUUUCAUGUUUCUUGUUAAAAAAAACAUAUAUGUAGUUAGAAACGUGUAAUUUGUUACAAUGACCACACUACAAUUAGUGACAUACCAUAGUAAUUUAUAACAUAUAUUUUGUAUUUUUGUAGACCAAAUAAAUUUUUUGAUAGUUAUGCAUUUG